AUGCACGACAGCCAGAAUUCGUCUUCUCAAAUCCACGACCAUUACCGUCCGAGCGCGUCGUUGCCAUCUAAUUCUACUUCGCCCGCCGUUGCCGUUGCUGUCUCGCCGUCUUGGGCUAUACAUGCGUACACAUCCUCUAAUAAACCGCCCGCUUCCGUACCGACUAAUUCUGGGCCGACUAAUAAUCACUAUCGCGACCCGUCGAGAUCUGCGUCCUCAUCGUCCCCCUCGCUAAACGCCUAUCAUCAUCAGAGGUCCCCAGGACCCCGACUCCCUCGAAGUUCUUCACUCCUCCCUCCGCCCCAUAUCGAGCCUUCACCAAGAGCUGUGACUUUCGAGAGAUCCGAUCGCUUAUCUCCCACUACUCCUGGGCACGGAAUCCCCCACAACGCCGCCAACAGUUCGUGGCUUUUGAAUAGCCUGUCCUCACCUGCGUCGACUAAUUUCAGUCGUAUUUCGGCGCUACCUCCCCACGUUAAUCAUCCGCGACUUGGUGGCCGCCGCCCCAGUAUCGAUGCGACUACUCCCAUUGACAACUCUCCACCGCCUUCCAAACCAUCGCCCAGGAAACUUCAAAAACACCGACGCAACGUCUCCUCCGUCUCUACGUCGCGUACUCGAGAAGAACGAAGUCAAUUCCCCCAAUCGCUACCGCUGAUCGUCGCAUUAUCACCCUUGGAGCCACCCCCAGGCCUGGACGAUUUCCUCAACGUUAAAUCCAAAGGGGCUGGCCCUGGCUCUGGUUCGAGUGAGCCUGGGCGAUCGACCGUCGCUCGCCAGGAGGGACAGUCCCUGAAGCGUUCCAAGACUCCAGACUCGCAAGUACAGUCCGUAACAUCGACCCCAGCAAGUGCGCGCUCAAUGGGUACAUACAGACCCAAUAUGCCCUACGACCAGGACCAAGAGGCAUAUCCGCCUCAGAGAGGCCAUUCCAGAAAUCCCUCUGGCAAGGGGAGUUCCGACAAAGGGCGUGGGCCCAAGCCGCCAUCUCAAAAAGCCAUGCUUCAUCGUGCGUUGCAAAAGGCAAAUACAGCAGUACAGUUGGAUAAUGCGCAGAACUUUAAAGGGGCACGGGAAGCUUAUGCAGAAGCCUGUGAUCUUCUGCAGCAAGUGUUGCAGAAGACGACGGCCGAUGAGGACAAACGCAAGCUUGAGGCAAUUCGAGGCACUUAUACUAGUCGAAUUGACGAGCUGGACCAAAUGGCUCCUUGGCAGGAAGAGGAAACCAAGGCUCUGCCAGCCCGACCCGAAAGUCUAGCCCAGCGCUCGGAGACUGAAUCCAUGUUACAAUUAGACGACGAUGAUGACCUUGACGAAACCACCGUCUUCGAUACUGCGACCGCGACUACCACAAGAAUAAACAACCGAAGCCCACAGCCCCAGAUAAUGAGCCCCCCACCACAAGACGAAAAUACUGGCUUCAAGAGACGAAGCUUACAGAACAAACCCAACCCAAUUGUCACGACUCUAACUCCCGAGCCAGGGCUUCUUCAGUCGUCUUUCUCACGGUCUCCUGUGCGCCUUCGAACUCCUGACCAUCUACUCCCACAGCGAUCUGCAGGGGAGCAAUAUAUGCCGGCCCCUUUAUCCCCAAGACGUGCUCCAUCACCAUUCAAACCUGAAGCGGAUGAUGUGAACGAACCUGUACGAUCUGAUUUUUCGAUGCGCCAUGACCAAAUGGCCGACUCGAUGCCUGAACAUAAUGUGUCGCAAACCCAUUUCCGUGAAGACAGCAUGAACUCUUGGCUGGAUCCCAUUGACGAAUCAGGGGGCUCAACCACAUCGUCUGUCCACUCGCGGACAUCGUCACUUGGUUUCAGAAGAAAGCAUAUUCGUAACGUGAGCGGUGAAACUGAGGCAGAAUUCGAUACCGCGAUGGACGAAGCUAUCGAAGCAGCAUACGAGCCAAUGAGCCCAAUGGAAAACGGACAAAUGAUGUCAAUGAACAUGGGUGAAGAUGUGGUAGCUAAUACCAUGCGUAAAGUUGAACUUGCUCGUCAAAAAGUGAGGGAAACAGAGCAAGAGCUUUAUGACAUGGAGAGGGAUUCACGGGCUCAUCAGCAUUACCAGUCUUCUUAUACAGAGUACGAGGAGACCAACGACUUUUACAACGACAACUCCUCUGAUGAAGAAGAGAGGAUUCUUGACGAGAUUGCUCGCGACUAUGGCCUCGAGUCUUACAGACAUCAACCUGCGCCGCCCAGGGAAUCUGGCUCCAGUGGCGCAACUUCGCGCACCUGGCACAGCUCACAGGGAUCAAAUCCUCCCACAGGCGCUACCUCGCUCUCAACUGUUACAGAACUGCCACCUCCUUUUACAAAUAUAUCACAGGGACCAGCUGCCCCUCCGCCGACAGGAUCACUCCCUGAAUUGCCGCAACGGCCUGGGUCAUCUGCACAAAGCGUACGCAACAGGCGGCUCUCAGGACAGAACCCAAAGCAGCUCAAGAUUGAGACAUCUAAACUUAAUCUUCCUAUCCAACAUGCCAAUGAUUCAGUUCAUGCCAGGUCGGCCCUUGUGGGCAACAACGAAUCAGAGUUACAAACCGAUAUUGAUAUGAAGGCGACGAGUGCACCUUAUAGGCACCCUUCGCCACCGUUGUUCGAGGCCAGUCCAACAGAUACGACCGCAGUUCGACCCGCAGCGUCACCGUUUGGCCAGCUGGGUUCAGAAAAGGGCGACGAUGAUGUUACUGGCUCGCCGACUGCACGCAAAUUGAGAAACAACUUUUCGUCUUCUAGCCUGAGAAGUAUGAAGAGCCGCAACAUGUCUUUAACCCAUCUUGAAGAGAACUCAGAUGUGUCCCCUGGAACUCCCGGAAGCAAUCCUUUUGGAUCUUUGAAUGCUCCGUCAGUUCCAGCAUUACCGACGCCUCUCGCAGCCUCUUUUCGUGAGCGAUCAGAUACGAAUGCAGCCGGGCUUUCUUUGUUUGAGGACUUCUUCCAUUCCCCGACAAGCACAGGGUCGCCAAGUCCUCUUUAUCCCGAUGCUCCAGCUCCUUUAGAACCCUGCCCUACAGAUUUUAUGCUUCGACCUUUUUGGCUCAUGCGAUGCCUUUACCAGACUCUAGCUCAUCCCAAAGGCGGCUACCUCAGCAGCAAGCUUUUCAUUUCUCGGGAUGUUUGGAGAGUGAAAGGAGUAAAGCUCAAGAACGUUGAAGAUAAGGUGGCCAAUUGUGAUUUCCUCACAGCUGCUUUGCUCAAAAUUGCAAGAGUUGAUACCUAUGAUGCUGAUGCCGUUCUGGAAGAGAUGCAGUCUUUGGAAAGUAUCCUCGAGCAGGUCCAAACAGCCCUUACCCGCAAACUUGGCAACGAAGUGGGUGUACAGGGAUCGGGAUCCCUCUUCAAGGACGCAUCUAAUGGCGAUGGCGAUGCAUCUACGGGUGUACCGCGCUCAGCUAGCGUUAGUGGAAAAUCGUCGUUCUCUUGGCGACGCUUGCGGUCCAAGAACUCGGCUGUCGGACUUGGUAGCGCAUACGCAAGCCGUAAUGCUGUUGAUACAAAUAAGGAGAUACCCAGUCUUGCCAGUCUGCCAAUGACACCAAACCCGACAACUCGGCCAACGAAGCGGGAUCUGACACAAGUCGACUUUACGGGACCGAACGCGAUGUAUAUGAGCUCAUUGGCACGCCUGUUUGAUGCAGCUCAAGCUAUUGAUCAAAUAGCCAGACAAGUGGAAGACCCUGGAUUGCGACACGCCGACAAAACCCAAGUUGGGCUUGAGCUUUGCACUCGGCAUGCGGCGGAAUUCUUUGGGUUCUACGUUUGUCGAUUUGUCCUGGCAGACUUGGGACUGUUACUUGACAAGUACCUCAAGCGAGGCAGUGAAUGGGUUCUUACUUGA